AAAAAGAUUGUAUUUAAUAUAUUUUCCACAGUGUCAAAAUUUCAAUGCCUGUCUAUUGUGCCUUUACCUUUAUUCAAGAGGGACAUAGAAUCUAAAUAAUCAUGGAAGAAGAGAAUAGACCAUGUAAAAGAAAGAGGACAGAUCCUGAUGUGGAAAGUUCUAAGGACGGAUGUACAAAUUCUGGAAGUAAUCCAGAUUAUCCGGACUCUACAUCCAGAUCUCAUAAUGUAUUUCAGGGAAAUUCUAGUUCAGUCCUAUCUCAUUCAGAUGUGGAUAUUUGUUCAACAAGUGAAAUGUGUUCAUCCUCGUCAAAUAAGUCUGCAUUAAAUGUAACUCCUGAACAGUGUGUGCCAAAAACUAUGCCUCAGAAAUUUCAUGUACCAAAUAGUUUAUAUUCUUUUCAUAACUCAAAUCCAAAUCAGGUACAGUCUUCCCCAAAAGUAACUCUCACUACUGAAAAUAUUGCCAGCACAUCUUAUGACAAUAAUGAAUUCUCAAAUCUGCAUUCAGGACAGUGUAGCUCAAAACUGCUUGUUUCCAAAUGUGAUAGUUGUAACUGUGAAAAUGUUAAAAGUUGUGAGAAAUCCAGUGACUCAGUGAGCCCUGUGAACUCUGACCUUAAAUUGAACUCUAACCUUGAAUCAACCUCUGACCCAUUGCUGAAUUCAUGUAUGUGUUCAAGUACAUGUGCGUUUAGUAAGUCAAGUUCUGAUAGUCCCAGUAAUGAAAACAGUCCCCAGCCAAUCUGUAACCCAGGGUUUGAGGUUCUAUAUUCACCACAACACAGGAAGAGCAAUUCAGAGGGAGCAGGAGUGGAUCCAGAAUGUGGAGUGGUGGAUGAUGAAAGUGGAGAGACAGUUUGGCAACCAUCUCAGAAAUCUGGCAAUGGAGAAAAUCUUGAUGAUGAGAGAUCUACAGUCAAUGAUAUCAUUACCUCACGAAGAGUCACUAAAUUUAGAAUACAAAGAAGUUUAGGUGAAAAUCCUCCAAACUUAGGACAUGGCUCAUGGAAUUCUUUCAGUGUUUCAGAAAUCAAAGACUGUGAUAAAGUUGAAAUUGAAAGAAAUACUUGGUCCCCUCACAUUGAAUUGAAAAUUUUGAAAAGUGAAAAUUAUCAGACAAUCGAAUCUGGAUCCAUUAGCUCAGAGAACCAGUCAGAUAAAAUCAGGAACACAGUAGGAAAUCAACAUGAUGAGGGGGCGUGUUUUUCUUUGACAGCUGUCAAUCAUAUUAAUGACCUCCCACCACCCAUACUCGUGAAUAUAUUGAAACAUUUAAGAAUGUGUGACCUGCUUCACAGAGCGUCCCUGGUCUGUAAACUUUGGCAUCAGCUGGUGUAUGACCCUGACCUUUGGAGGCAUGUUGACCUUCACUAUCAACACAAGGUCACUGAUAAACAGUUGUUGACCUUGACCCAGUUAAGUGACAGAGUGACCCACAUUGACAUCAGUGAUACUCAGAAUUUGACCUCUGAGGCCAUGGAGCGUGCUCUGAAGUGGUGCGGUCAUUUAAGGUCACUUUACAUGUCAAGAUGUUACAAACUGAAGGACACAGUUCUACAGACCGUGGGAAGCCACUGUCCUCAUCUCAGAACGCUGGUGAUGGACGGGUGUUACAAGAUCACAGACACGGGGCUCUGUGCUAUGGCCGUUGGGUGUAGGGAGCUACAAAAGAUAAACCUGAGUCGGUGUUCCUACCAUGUGACAGACAAAGGUGUGAUAGCUAUAGCGGAGAACUGUCCUCAGCUGAGGGAGGUCAUACUGGCCUAUCUGUCUGAGGUGACAGACUCUUCCUGUGUAAGACUUUGUGAGAUGUGCCCUAACCUGGAGAUAGUGACCCUCAUGUUUUCUGGAGUCAGUGAGAAAGGAGUCAGAGCCCUCAAACAGCUUAGGAAGUUAAAAAUCAUUGACCUGUCUAGUCUACCUGGCAUAUUGCCAGCAGAUGUGGCAUCCUUGACCCAGUAUUGUCCUGACCUUGAGGCCAUGAAUGUGUCCUUGAACCCUCAGAUAAAUGACGAGUGUCUGUUGAAGGUCAUCAAAUAUGGUAGUAAACUUCAUCUGCUGCAGUGUGUAUCUUGUCACAUCACUGACCAAUUUCUAGGAGAAGUUGGAAAGUACACAAAAACUCUGAAGAACCUGGACAUAGGCUGGUGUCAGGAAGUCACGGAUGACGGCAUUAGAAAUCUGUCCGCCACAUGUUCGUCCCUGCGGUAUCUCGGCUUGAUCAGAUGUGAUGCGGUAACGGCCGACGCAGUAGAAGAACUGGUUGCACAAUAUCCACACAUCACGUACUCGACUUUUAUACUGGAGUCCAAAAAACUGAUAGAGCGGGCCCGGCGGGAGGGCUUCAUGUUUAAUGAUGACCAGAACCAUGUGGAUAUGUUAGUAUGAUAAUGCUUAUUAUUAAUAUGACUGUGUGAAAAGUUUUAUUUCUGUUGUUUUUGGUUUGUC